AUGCUGCGGCAAACGGUUUCUCUACUUAGUGCUUAUACCUGGAAAGAGGUGGCGUAUGUGGCAGAGUCUCCACAUGCGUUACAGGCUUUAGACAUUGCGAUCCCACAGAGACUUCCUUUGUGUGCUAAGCUACCUACGUGUGUGUUUGUUCAUGGCGGAUCAUGGCAGCAGGGGGACAAGAGCGGUGAAUUAAACCAAGGCAUUGAUGAAGCGUUCGUUCGUGCUGGAUAUUUAGGCGUUUCCGUUAAUUAUCGAUUGUCACCGGACGUACAACACCCCAUACAUGUCAAUGAUGUUGCAGCUGCUGUAACGUGGUUACACCGGAAUAUUGACAAGUUUGGUGGUGAUCCCGACAAGUUGGUGCUGGUCGGAUACAGUGCCGGUGCCCAUUUGGUCAUGCAGCUCCUUGCUGACCCACAAUAUCUGACAGCAGCAGGAAUGAAGCAGCCGGUUGAUACAUUUGUCAGAGGAGCUGUGGGCAUCUCGGGUGUUUACAACAUCGUGCGACUCGCAAACGCGUCGUUCUAUGGACCAUUCGUGACAAAUCCAUCGUUUGGUGAGCGUGUCGAGCAAUGGAGAGAGGCGUCAAUCGGGAUGACUGUCGCGCGAAUCGGAUCGACCUCGCCACUCAUAAGAAUGCCACUGCUGCUAGUAAAUGCCCAAGAGGAUUUUCACUUUCAAGAAGACACUUUAGAACUCGAGCGGUGGCUACUUGCAGCCGGAAAUACCAGCAUUCGACGACACACCGUAUCUGAUUGCAACCACUUUAGCAUUGUCCAGCAUCUCGCUGGCAAAGGCCUUGAUACCAACCCGACUCUGCAAUUGAUCAAGGCGUUUGUAGCUGGAAGUACCUCCUGUGAGACUCCCCCUUCCUUCUGA